UAGAUUCCGACUACAGCACCAGUGAUGACGAUGAAAGCAUCAGCCCGGACGAUUUGGAAGUUAUGGAAAGGAUUUCCCCUCUGCGGCCAUACAAGUACAAAUACAAGUGCCCCCUGUGUCCCAAGGCAUUUGGCACAGCCCGAGACAUGGGCAUCCACGUGCGCCGACACGAGGGUUGCAAGCCAUACACCUGCAAGGACUGUGACAAGGCCUUCUGCACUCCUUUUGAGCUGGACCAACACGUCCGCACGCACACGGGCGAGCGUCCUUACAAGUGUCCCACGUGCGCGUGCGCAUUUGCCACGUUGUCCACAAUGCACCGACAUGCCAAUGCACACCGCAAGGCCAACUCUGUCAUGUACCGCUGCAGCGUGUGCCCCUCGAUCUUCCGGUACGCCACCUCGUGCACCGCGCACGAGCGAACUCAUCGAGAGGACUGCAGGCACCGGUGCAAAACGUGCGGCCGAGUCUUCCCGCAGGCUUUCAAUCUGAAGCGUCACAUGAGGCUGCAUGACAGCAAUGAGACCCACUCCUGUGACACGUGCGAACGCUCCUUCUACAACAAGGAACACCUCGACGCGCAUGUGCAAAGCUGCGGCAUGUUUCGUAAAUGUCAAGUCUGCGGGAAGGGAUUUCGAGAAGAGGCCCAAUUGGAAGCGCACAUUGCCAGCCAGCAUGACUUGGCAACCGAGCUGUCGGAGGAAGACGGAGAGUCUGCAGCCCGUGUGGGUGACUCAACGUUCGAGCAGGAACGGGCGGACGACCAGUCGAGCAGCGAAGAUGGUAGUGGUUCGAAUGACACGCUCAGCGACAACCAAAUAAAAGCAAGGUCGGGGUGGAGCAUUCGCCUGAGAGCACGUGGCAGAAAAAACGCCCCCAAGGCCCCCGCAAGACCCCGUCAACGCAACUGCAGGAAUGGCACGAUGCCCUCGCAAGACACGCAGUGUAGCAGCGCGAGGAAUACUUCUUCACUACCACAAAAGCACGUCACCGCGAAAUGUAGGACAGAUGAGGCAAGUGAGGACACUGGCGAAGCUACAGACAGCACCCAAGAAACUAGCAGACCUGUCUAUCAGUGCCCGGACUGCGACAAUCGAUUUAAGGAGUGGAGUGCCUUGAAAGCCCAUGCAGCGGUACGACAUGAGCUCGUUCUCUCGUCCUGUUCGUUUCAGUUUGCGUGCCACAUCUGUGAUAAAACCUUCAAGCAGAACAGCAACUUGAAGACCCACUUGAAAUCGCACGACCGGGUGGUACAGUUUGAGUGCGACAUCUGUGGCCUGGGCUUCACCUUGAAGCAUCACUACAAACGGCACAGGAGCAACAAACAUUACAAAGACUGAGUGCAACAACAGCCCGCUGGGAAUGCAAGUUUAUCCCGACGUAUGUCAAUUUUUCCAAAAAUUUGUGUGCCAUAGUUUUAAUUUUAUCCUAUUGUGCUUCUGCUGGACCCACUUGUACCUAUAUUUACUUUAAAAAGGGGACACUGUG